AUGUCUAGUGAACAAUAUACAGAGAAUCUGAAGAUCAUAGUUGCCGAGAAGCUCGGUACACUAGAAAAUUUCAACGAAGAUAUCAAAUAUGUGGCAGAAUACAUUGUUUUACUGAUGGUAAACGGAGGAACUUUAGAGAACGUUGUACAUGAAUUAUCGACUCUGUUCGACUCUGUGUCGACAGAGGCUCUGACCGAUGUUGUUCAAACAGCUUUCUUUGCCCUGGAAGCUCUACAGCAAGGUGAAACUGUGGAUAGUAUUGUAGGUAAGAUAAGAGGUGUUUUACAGCAACCAGUUCAACAAGAGCAACAACCACAGCCACCUCAGCAAGAGCAACAGCAGCAGCAACAGCCCCCUCAACCUCCAGCACCUAUGUCAGCUUUUGGUGGUAUAGUAUCGACAGAGCCUCCCGCUAAAUUGAAUACUACUGAUUUCCAACCAAAUUUCCAGCAGAGAAACGGUGCUGUUGGUAAAGGUGGUCGCGGCGGUCGCGGUGGCCGUGGUGCAACUCGUGGUGCCGGCAGGGGUGCCAGCCGCAACGGCAACGCCAGAUUCAACCCACUAGCUAAAGCACUAGGUAUAAACGGUGAGGGUGCUGGUAAUUUGAAUUUUGUGCAUAGUAAGAAGGAGGGUCGUUGUAAAGUUUUUCCUCGUUGCCCCUUGGGUAAGUCAUGUCCACACGCACAUCCUACUAAGGUGUGUAACGACUACCCCAAUUGUCCUAAACCACCUGGCACUUGUGAAUUUUUGCACCCAAGUGAAGAUGAAGAAUUAAUGAGAGAAAUUGAAAGAACUCGUGAAGAGUUUCAACAAAGGAAGGCCGCUUUACUUGCUGCCAAGGCUAAACCGGUGCAAACAGGUAUUGUUAUCUGCAAAUUCGGUAUUUUGUGUUCUAAUCCUCUAUGUCCCUUUGGUCACCCAACGCCGGCUAAUGAAGAUGCUAAGGUAUUGGAACUAAUGUGGUGUGCAAACAAUCUAACGUGCCAAGACCCAAGUUGUACUCGCGCUCACUCUUCGCUAUCCAAGAUUAGAGAUGUGACGCCUUUAGGAGGUCCAAAGAAACCACCUGUGGUUAUGGCUCCACGUCCUGUGGAAAAAUCGUUGGAGCAAUGUAAGUUCGGUACUCAUUGUACCAACAAACGUUGCAAAUACAGACAUGCUCGCUCACACAUCAUGUGCCGUGAAGGUGCUAACUGUACAAGAAUAGACUGUCUUUUCGGACAUCCAAUUAAUGAGGAUUGUAAAUUUGGUAUUGAUUGCAGAAAUCCAAACUGUUUGUUUAGACACCCAACCGGUAGAAAUAUCGAUGCCAAUACGAACAGUGGUAAUGGUGGAGCCGCUAAUGCUGAAAAUACUGGUGUUGGCGAAGGUUUUUCUACUAGUCAGAGGUUAUUUGCCAUUCCCGAGGGCCCCCACAUCGAACAAUCACAAGCACAAGGCGGUGGCGGUUUGCCCUCGAUAUAUGCUCCAGCUAAUGCACAAAAUAUGGAUCAGGACACGGAUAUGAAUUAA